CCACCGCAUUAUCAAAGCAAGCAUCCACGAACAGCAGCAGAUCAACACAGGCCACAGGGAGAGAGAAGGCAGGUCACCACAGGGAGGAAGGAGAGAGCGUAUCAUGGCUUCCACUGUGGCUUCGAAGAGUGUGCCACUGGUACGCGCACUGGAGAAGCUCCUAGCCGCGUCGUCCGCACCCGGUGCCGGCUCCCCUCUCAGGCCGGUGGUCAUUGCCAGCGGCCUCCGUGGCUACAACACCGGAGCGCAGCUCCGCCGUUACGACGGGGGCGAGUCGGACGACGACAGCGGCCGCGAGUACGAGAGCCGGCGCCGCGGCGGGGACAACACCGUGCCAGGCUUGUUCUCAGGUAAUUUGUUCCGCGAUCCGUUCGGUGCGCCGCAGAGCCUUGGCUGCCUGCUGAGCCUCAUGGACGACGUCGCGGCGGUGGCGCCCGGCCGUGGCGCACUGGUGCGUCGCGGCUGGAACGCGAAGGAGGACGAGGAGGCGCUGCACCUGCGCGUGGACAUGCCGGGCCUGGGCAAGGAGCACGUCAAGGUGUGGGCGGAGCAGAACAGCCUGGUCAUCAAGGGCGAGGGCGAGAAGGAGGCGGGCGAGGACGAGGCCACUCCACCUCCGAGGUACAGCGGCCGCAUCGAGCUCGCGCCGGAGGUGUACAUGAUGGACAAGAUCAAGGCCGAGAUGAAGAACGGCGUCCUCAAGGUGGUCGUGCCCAAGGUGAAGGAGGAGCAGCGCAGGGACGUCUUCCAGGUCAACGUCGAGUAGAUCUUCCCAGAAAAUAAGAGUCAACGUCGAGUUUGAGAAGCUUGCCAAUUUAGAAUUUCCCUUCAUCUAAACUAAUGCGGCAAUAAGCAAUGUACUAGAAACGAUUUUGAUGCGGUGGUUUUGCAAACUACUAUGUGAUGAUUA